AUGGCUACUGGAGAACGGAAACCCGAAGGUCUUGACCAGGGAAAUGAUGUUGGUCUUGUCCAGGGAAAUGAUGUUUGCUUCUCUUCAAAACGUCCUGAUAAAGGAAAGGGGGUUGCAAGGCCUAGAAAGAGGCAACGGCAGGCACCAAAGUAUGUACUUAGGGUGCCUGCUAGACUACCUACCACUACUGCCGGCAGUACAUCAUCUGUGGGGCCUCCUCCUACCCCUACAGUACAGCCUCCUACACCUGUAGUAGACCCUACUCCUACACCUUCAGUAGACCCUACUCCUACCCCUGUAGUACACCCUUCUACUACCCCCGCAACAGACCCUCUUCCUCCUCCUGUAAUUAUAACCCCCUCUCCUCCCCCUGUGGUUAUAACCCACACUUCUGUCCCUGACCCUACUUUUAUACCUUCCUCAUCUGUUAUACCGCCUUCUGACACUGUCAUACCAUCUGCUGAUCAAGAUUCAAGUGGUGAUGGAAGACUUUUCUAUGAGACUUUCACAGCAUCCAGAGGAGGUACUCUGAAGCACCAGCCUUCUUCUUCCACCAGUACUCCUGACGAGGUCGUUCUUCGCCUCACGCAGGAACUCCGGCAACGUGACCAGGAGAUCACUGAUCUCAGAGCAGAGUUUACAAACUUUAAGUCCCAGGUCAUGAGAGUCUUACCAGAAACCUCACAGGACGUACAAAAUAUCCCUCCGACCCAGCCACGACCCUCCUCAUCACCUGCUGCCACUCAGUAG